AUGGGUUGUGUUGGUAGGGAUUGGACACGCUAUGUACUGCAAAAUAAUUCUCCAAGACCUGUAUGGUUAGCUGAGAAUGAUCCAGUUAUGAUUGCUCCUCCUUCAGAUAGAAGUGAAAAUAGUAUUUCUAGUGUACAAAGUGGAAUAUCCAUGAAUUCACCAAGUGUUUAUGGUUUUAAUACUCCAAACAGAGAUGGUGAAGUUAUCAUGGUGCCUGCCAGGGGAUCUGAAACACCUUUGACAAGAACAAGGAUGCCUGGGAUAUUGGGAUGUUCUGCUGCUGAAGUUCGCUUGAAGAUUGAUAGUACAUCCCCUGAGAAUCUCAAAGAUCUUACAAUGAAGCUGUACAAAGCUUUGGAGAAGAAUGGAUUGGCUCAAGAGGCUGACAAAGCAUUCAGACACUUGAAAAAUGGCUCAAAAUCGGGAUCUGAAGAACAAGGGCUAGAAGAGGGUCUUAGGAAGGAACAAUUGCUUGGCAUGGAUUAUCUUAUGAGAGAUGGAAUUAUUAACUAUCUCUGUAAUGUUUCUCGGAUUACUCCACCAAUUCCUCAACAGGUUGUGAAAUUUUCUGGACUAAAAUACAGUGCUACUGUGGAACUUCCUAGCCCUGGUUAUGAAACCUUUGGGAAAAAGCUUCUUGGCUGUUUUUUUGGACCAUUCAAAAGUUUGUAUAAGAGAAACAGAACAAUAAAUGUACAAAUUCUACAAGAUAUAGAUGGCUACAUUAUGCCGGGCUCCAUGACUCUACUUCUAGGACCUCCUGGGAGUGGGAAGAGUUCUCUUCUAAAGAUUCUUGCUGGAAGGUCACAAGAGACUAAGGAUGUCUCCUUUGAAGGCUUUGUGUCAUACAACGAUAAAAAACCCUCUGAAAUAGUUCUUACCAGAUUUAUAGCUUAUAUUAAUGGUCAGCUUAACAAGCACAUUCCUUUCCUAUCUGUGAGGGAAACUCUUGAAUUUGCCAGAGAUUGCACCCAAGGUCUAAGGCCUGAGAACUUCACACCUCAAAUGAGAAAGUUCUUUGCCCAAGCAUUAGUGGAAGGGCAGGAUCCAUUCCUGGAGUAUGUUCUUCAAAUUCUAGAUCUCAAAGCUGUAGAGUUUGGAGUUGUGGGUGUUGGCCAGGAUGGCAAUGGCAUAACAGAAAAUGAUAGAGAAAAGCUAACUACUGCUGAGCUUGCACUUGGAACAUAUGCUGUUAUGCUCUAUGACCAACCCUGUUCAGGGAACGAUUCUCGUGCAACAUUUGAACUGGUUAGCACUCUGAGAUCCAUCAGCCGAAUCCAGCGGUCUUCUGCAGUGAUGUCUAUUACCCAGUUAUCAGAGGAAGUUUUUAAUCUUUUUGACCGUGUAAUUCUCCUGGGAAAAGGCCAGACCCUUUACCAGGGACCUGUCCAGGAUGCCAUCCCUUACUUUUCCAAACUUGGUUAUGUUAAGCCCGCCUAUGUAGAUUCUGGUGCCUUUCUUGAAGACAUUGCUGCUGGAGAAGGAUCUCAGUAUCUCAUGUCUGGAAAUGCUGCACUAAGCCUUCAUGAGCUUGUUUAUAGCUACAAGGAAUCUGAUCAUUACAGAGAUCUGAUGAGAAUUGUUCACGGUGAAGAUGUUAAUCACACUUUCUGGGUAGAGAGUGAGCCAAAUAUCGGACUGUCAGUGAAAACACCCUCUAUCAGUGAAUUUUCAGCCUCAAACCAGUUAAGACCUGACAUAGAGGUAGUGGUUGCCAAGCUCCCCAGCAAAACAGACAACACAUGUGGUGUUGGAAGCACAGGAAAAAUCCAGGAGGGAGACAUUGUCACAGGAAUCUCAAUCAACAAUGAAGAAAUGAAUUAUCUUGCAGUGGGCUCGAGCAUUCACCAACGUAGUAGAGCAUCUGAAGUAUAUAACAUGCUAAAAAAUGCAAGAGGUCAUGUUCGCCUUCAAGUGGAACGUCAUAAAGAAGAGGAGGAUGAUGAUGGGAGCCCAGAAAAUAAGAAAUUUCAAAGAGAAUAUGUUCAAGGAUGGUGGGCCUCAACUAAAACUCUCAUAAGAAGACAGAUGCUCAUCACUAAACGCUUGCAGAUGCUCAUCAAGCUCAGAUUGUUUCAGGCUUGUGUUUUAGGACUUUUUGCUGGUAGUGCCUUUUACAAAAUGGGAGGAAACUAUUCUCAAGUAGAAAUGAAUUCAGUUAGAGCCUUGGGAUUUGUUACAAUAAUGAAUGUGAUGCUCAUCAACUUAGUUCAGCUUCCUCUUAACAUGCUACAACGACCAAUCUUCUACAAACAAAGAUCCCAAAGAUUCUUCAGAGUUUCUUCAUAUUGUGUUGCACACAGUGUAGUUAAUCUGCCUCAAACGUUACUAGAAGCACUUGUUUAUUCUCUCUGUGUUUACUUCCUUUCUGGACUGUCGUUGGAGAAAUCUGGUGCUAUAUUCUUCGAAUAUUUGUUCUUGCUAUUCCUAGUUGCUUAUUUUGGGUCAUCUUUGGUUUUCUUGCUCAGCGCCAUAGCUCCAAUUACUGAAGCUGGAAAUGCUUUUGCAGGAUUGGUAGUUUCUAUCUUUCUCUUGUUCAGUGGGUUUGUGAUCUACCCAAACAAUAUUCCUGGAUACUGGAAAUGGCUUCUGUAUAUAAAUCCUCUAUAUUGGGCAAAUACAAACUACUGUAUCAUGCAAUUUGCUCAGGGUUAUGGAAGACCAUGCAGUGAAUUUGAAAACGAGCUGGUAUAUUGCAAAACCUUUCCAGCCAUGUCUGUUGGAAAAGCUUAUCUCAAAUAUUACCAGCUGCUUGGAAAGAAAGAGUGGCUAUGGGUAUCAUAUGCCAUUCUUUUAGGAUGGAUAUUAUUGACAAACAUACUUGCUUUAAUAGCAAUGAAGAAGAUAGAAUUCAAACAAACAAAUCAAUCACUUCCACAACAGAGGAAAGUUUCAUCAUGGACCAAAGCAGAUGAAGAUGUGGAAGAGAUAAGUGGAUAUUCAUAUAUCACAGAAUCUUCAAUAGCGAAGAGUUCAGAGUUCUCUUUUCGAAUGCAACCAAGCAUGAUAGAAAUGCAAGUUUCAAACCCAUCAAUUGAUGAUGAUUCUUUUGAUCUUUACAAAAGUGAAGAAGGAAUUCAAGUUAAUGGGAACCUAAACAUUCCUGUGAUGCCUGUCAUCCUUUCCUUUGAGAAUAUCACCUUCACAAGGCCAGACCCGAGGACAGGAGGGAGAAGGGUUGUUUUGGAUGGAGUCUCUGGAUACACAAAGCCUGGAACAACAUUAGCUCUGAUUGGAAGCUCAAAAUCAGGUAAAACUACACUUUUGAAAUGCUUGGCAGGCAGAACACCGAUUGGAGACUAUAAUGGAGAGAUCCUAGUAAAUGGCUUUAAGAUGAAUCUGGCAGCAUUUUCACGUUUAGUUGGGUUUGCAGAGAGAUUGGAUGCUCACCAGCCCUUUUUAUCAGUAAAGGAAACCCUCCAGUUUAGUGCAAGCCUGAGACUUGGCCACAAUAUUGACCCCAAAGACAGUAAGCUUCAUGUUGAAUUUGUCCUGGAAUCCCUGGGCCUUAAAAGUUUCAGUGACCAGCUGAUUGGGUCUCUCAAGGAUGCAACUGGAUGGACUUUUGAUAUAGCAAAGAAGAUUACCAUUGCCGUUGAACUUGCAGCAAAUCCGAGCAUUCUAUUUCUGGAUGAACCAACCUCAGGAUUGGAUAGUGUAGGUGCCACAAACAUUCUGAAUACAAUAAAAUCAAUUGCUAGCAAUAGUAACAGGACUGUUAUCAGCACAAUGAAACAUCCAAGUGCAAGAAUGCUUUCUACUUUCAACAAUGUCAUCAUCCUCACAUCUGGAGGACAGCAGGUCUACUUUGGGCCAGUAGGAUUCAACUGCAAAGACGUAUUAGAAUACUUUGUUUCAAUCCCUAAGGUUCCUCAAUACUUUGUGACACAGAACCCAAUCAGCUUUGUUCUCGAUGUUGUGGGAGCAGGUAUUAAGAAACAAGGUCUAGCAACUGCAAACUUUGCCGAAAUAUACCAUUCAAGUAAAUUGGCACUAUUCAAUACCGAUGAAAUGAAGAGGCUCCAGAAGCAGUCCAAAAGAAAAGCAUUCAAACCUGUAUUCAGUUCCCCUUAUCCAUCAUCUUACAAACGGCAGGCUGUUAUGGUUUUCUUGAGGACCCAGAGGUUCCUUUGGCGAAAUGUGAAUUACACAUUUGGGAGAUUGACAGGAUGCAUAAUGAUAGGUUUCUUGAUGGGUUCUCUCUACUUUCAGAUUGAAUUUGAUGAUGUAUAUGGCCUUACUUCCCGCACACUUUACAUCUAUAUGCAGAUCAUUCUCAUUGGUGUUGUUUCAGCCAACAAUGUUAUACCUCAGCUUGGUACAGAUCGUCUGGUAUAUUUCAAGGAAAGAAGAGCAGGGAUGUAUGCACCCAUCUUCUAUCCCUUAUCUUGGGCUGUUGCAGAGAUCCCAUAUUUUCUCAUUGCAACUUUCGCUAUUGUAUUAAUAGGCAACAACAUGGCAGGUCUGGCAGCUGACAACGUUUCCAAUUUUGUUCGCUACUGGUUAUGUCUCUUCAUCUUCACUGUUUCUGUUACCUACUUCGGGAUGAUGCUUACAUUCCUUGCUCCAGUACCAACAUUAGCAGCUUUUGCAGUUUCAAUCCUGACCUCCAUCUGGGUAUCAUCUUCAGGUGUUGUGGUUACCUACUCUAAAAUGAGUGGAUUCUUGAAGGCACUGUUCUGGUCCAAUCCAUUCCAGUAUGCUAUCAACACACUUACUUCUCUCAGCUUUUUCUGUGAUACACAGUCACCACAGUGCUUACAGAAAUGCACUCAAGGUGAACUUGGAUGCCCACCUUGCAAAUGCCAGAGGCUGCCAGAUAACACAUUUGCUUGGGAUAGACUUAAGGAUAGUAGGUCUAUCAGCGAGGGUCGAAUUCCUGCAGAUUUUGGUACUUUGACAGGGAUGUGCAUCAUCUUUGCAGGCCUUGCUUUCAUUUUCUUUGUCAGCUUGAAGCACAAUUCCAGACCUUCAAACUAA